AUGGCGGCUCGCGCAUGGAGGUCCCCCGACCGUGGCCGUGCGGAUCGGGCUCCGCCUCCACAGAGGCACGACGACGACGACUUCGAACAGCUCGACGAGGAGGAGGCGGAGGACUACGAGGCGGCGCCCGAGACACCCGUCGGAGGCGCCGACAGAGACGGCGGCGGCACGCGAGACAACCUCCCCAUCCCGAUCUUCGACGGGAGUGGCCUGCGCGACUUCUCGCGGCGCGUCGACGCCUGGCAGCUGGCGACCUCCCUCAGGUCCGAGCGUCGCGGCCCAGCGCUCUACGCUAGGCUGCAGGAUGAUGCUUGGGCCGCCGUCGAGGACAUCGACAUGCAGAGGCUCGCCGAGCCAGGAGGGCUCGAGUUUCUGAUGCUCGAGCUCAAAGACCGCUUUGAGGAGCAGGAGAUACUGCGACAAGGAGAUGUGCUGCAUGAGUUCUUUGUCCUGCUCGAAAGGCGGCCCCAGGAGCAGAUGCGCACGUUCAAGAGGAGGUUCAACACUCUCGUGCAUCGCCUGGCCAAGUUCGCCGUGACGUUGCCCGCGAUCGUGCUCGGAUGGAUCUUUUUGGAGAAGCUGCGGCUGCCGAGCGAUCGACGUGCGAUGGUGUUGGCCAGUGCGAACAACGAUUACGAUUUCAAGGUGAUGUCCGCGGCGGCCGAGAGAAAUUGCCCAAAUGUUGCUGAGUUCGACCGACCAGGCAGCCGCGGACAAGAUCAGACAUUCAAGCCCAAGAAGUUUCAGAGGUUCGCCCCACGAGGUGGGCAACAUCGUGCCAUGCACGCCGAGCCCGACGACGAGGAGGUGCACGACCCAGUCCAGGACUACCUGCGCGACCUGGACGAGGACGAGCACCAAGCCGUGGAGUCUUUCUUGGCGAACGGUGGAGACCUCACCGACCUCCCGGGCCUGGAUGAGUUCGAGGAUGACGCUGGCGACCAGGGGCCCGGUGACGACCAGGAUGAGACCAUGGCGGCGCUGGCGGAGGCGUACGUGGCAGGUUUUCGUGAGAGCAACAAACGUUUCCAGCAGAAGGAUAAGUUUCGAAUUAAGUUCACGAGUGCAAAGUUCAAAAUGAAGGAAUUCAAGAACCAGCGGGGCUACCCUCCGCCAUCAGCGCCGCAUCAGGUUCAACGAGACCCCAAGAGGCAGAAGGAGAUUGACGACUUGAAGAAGAAUUCAGUCUGCAAGGCCCGCGACCAGCGAGGGCACCGGAAGGGCGACCCUGAGUGCCCCAAGACCCGUGGAGGAGGACCGCCCUCGUCGGGAGCGCGCAAGCCGAUGUUGGCAAUCCAUGACAGCGGCUGUGCGGAGGCGGAGCCGCACAAGGAGACGCGGAGGCGCGUCGGGUUCGCGAUCUAUGACAGCGGCUGCGCCAGGGGCGUGAUGGGCUACAACGUGCUGAAGCUGUGGGCGGCGCUCUUGAGGCGCUGCACGCGUGGCCUAAGGUACCAGCGGGUCGACGAGAAGGAGCGGUUUCGGUUUGGAGCUGGCGACCCGGUCUGGAGCACCUUUGCAUCGCUGAUCCCGAUAUGUGUUUCACAUCGUAUUUCGGGCAUUCUGCGAGUCUGCAUUGUGCCGGGCGACCUGCCGCUGCUCUUUUCGAGGCCAGCGGCGAAGCAGCUCGGGAUCCGCGACGACCCGAGGACCAGCGCCUUCAGUUUUCCCGAGGAGCUGGGCGUGCCACCCGUGCCGGUCACAGAAGCUGACUCCCAGCAUCCGCUGCUCAACUUGUUUCAGUUCCCAGCAGAAGGCUGGGUGGCGCCGCCAGGGGCAGUCUUGGGCGAGACG